GCUAACCAUAAAGUGAAUGUCUCCUAUUGUUGCGAUGAGCCAACCCCUCUGCUCUUGGAGUGUGGGAAAAGCAAUCCAGCACAAGCCACACGGCUUUGUAAUGGAAAUGGCCAACUAUAAAUACAGGGCACUGACCCUCACACAGCUCCGAAAAACACACUUUGCAGCCCAGAAAGAGACAGAGACCAGCAUGGCUCCACAUUCAGUUAUAAUUUCCACCUUUAACUACCAGAGAUAUACUGAUAAGGACAAAUUUAAGCUGAGAAAGCCAAUGGUAGAAAAGAUGCGCCGAGACCGCAUCAACAAUUGCAUCGAUCAGCUGAAGAAGCUGUUGGAGAAGGAACUCUGCAGCCAAGACACCAAGCUGGAGAAAGCUGACAUCUUGGAAAUGACUGUCAGCUUUCUGAAGCAGCAACAGAGGCUUCCAGGAGCACUGGCUCAAAGAGACUAUAACCAAGGCUAUUCUCAGUGCUGGAAGGAGUCCCUGCAUUUCCUUAACAUCCACUCCAACAGAGGACAAUCUACCCAGGAGGUCCAAGAGGUCCACCAGAGAUCCAGCACAGAGCUCAGCAACAGGUUGUCUGUGCACAAUUCCAAACACAGUCAUGCCGCUCAACAACAGCCUGUCUGGAGGCCCUGGUAAAAUCAUGGUGGACUGACAAACCCUGAGGAACAGUGAUGUUCAUGUCCCUCAUGAAAGUAGGAGAUAUUCAUUUCCAGUAUUAAGUUUUGCCAUCAUAUUGAUUGACAAGACCUUGUGAUUUUUGUUUCAUCAGUGAGACGAAAGACUUUAAAGACUGUGGCCUUAUUAGAUAUAGCUGUUUCGCUCUUAAUGUGAUGUUUCCCCCAUGUAUCACUUUUACUUCCUUCUGUUUACUUCUAUUUUCUAGAGCAAAAGGUUUGAACAUGGUUUGUGUGAUGUCUGUGUAUUUAAUUACAGUUUACUCCAGUGGAGUCUAUAUGGUAUGCAUAUCAGAUCUAUGAAUUUGUGUUGUAUUUCCCGGUGUUUUGGAGAAUAUUUCUCAUUGUGUGUUGAAUGCAGUACAAUAUGUUAAAUUACCAUUAAGGGAACCUUUGAUAAAGGAACCAAUCCUUUGUGUGUAUGUGUGUCCCUGCACAUGUGUGCAUAUUGUAUCUUAUAUCUUGUGUUUUAACAUAUUUUUAAUCAUUCCUUUUGUAUGGGCAAGCUCUUAUAUCUU